UGUGCGUCACAUCCGGUUCCAUUCCACGCCCGUGCGUCCCAACUUCAAGCUCGCUGCGCCCUGCCCGCGGGCCGCCAGGGGGUGUGUAGCCCUCAGCCUUGACCGCGAACCCGGCUCUCCUCUGCGUGAAGCUGCUCGGCCCCGAGUGGGCGGCGUCGGGGAGCCUAGCUGCAUCGUCCGUGUGCGUAGGCGGACGGCGCGCGGUCAACUCCGGUGCACCCUGCAGAUCUGAGCCCCACGGAGGACGGGCAUCACCUCGCCCUGGAGUCAGCCUGGGUCAAACUAGGGACCGUUGGCACCGGGAGCCUGGGUGGCGGACUUCGCAGGGCUGGACGCACAGCCUUUGCGUCCUCACUUUGCUGGAAACAGACAUGUUGGGGUCCACGUUCAUGCAGACCAGGACCGCUGCCUGCUCCUCCAGCUGCGUCCCUCUGCUGGGGCAGUCACUUUGAUCCAUGUGGUCCAUCCUUGAGGUUCACUUCCCACAAGACCCCUCAGCAUGUCAUCAGCAAAAUCCCAAGCACCAGAGGAGGCAGUGCCUGGCUGCGAAGGGCAGCUGAAAGGAAAGUCACUUCUCACCUGGGGCCCCCUUUUUGGUCACCGGAGUGAGAAGAUUGUCUUUACCAAAGGUGAUGGAAGUCCAGAGGAGAGCCUGCUCACCGUCACCAUCACGGAGACCACUGUCAUUGAGUCGGACUUGGGUGUGUGGAGCUCAAGGGCUCUCAUCUACCUCACGCUGUGGUUCUUCUUCAGCUUUUGUACGUUGUUCCUCAACAAGUACAUCCUGUCGCUGCUAGAGGGAGAGCCCAGCAUGCUAGGUGCUGUGCAGAUGCUGUCUACGACAUUAAUUGGAUGCAUUAAAAUAUUUGUUCCUUGCUGUUUAUAUCAACACAAAACCCGGCUCUCUUACCCACCCAAUUUCAUCAUGACCAUGCUCUUUGUGGGCCUCAUGAGAUUUGCAACGGUGGUUUUGGGGCUGGUCAGCCUGAAGAAUGUGGCAGUGUCCUUUGCUGAGACUGUGAAGAGCUCGGCUCCCAUUUUCACUGUGAUCAUGUCUCGAAUGAUUCUGGGGGAGUACACAGGGCUGUUGGUCAACCUGUCCCUUAUCCCAGUCAUGGGAGGACUGGCAUUGUGCACAGCCACUGAGAUAAGCUUCAACAUCCUGGGGUUUUCAGCUGCGUUAUCCACCAACAUUAUGGAUUGUUUGCAGAAUGUUUUCUCAAAAAAGCUUCUCAGUGGGGACAAAUACAGGUUCUCGGCCCCGGAGCUGCAGUUUUACACCAGUGCUGCUGCUGUGGCCUUGCUGAUCCCAGCGUGGGCCUUCUUCAUGGAUGUCCCUGUGAUUGGCAGAAGUGGGAAGAGCUUCAGCUACAGCCAGGACAUCGUGCUGCUGCUGCUGACAGAUGGCGCCUUGUUUCACCUUCAGAGUGUCACUGCAUAUGCCCUGAUGGGAAAGAUCUCGCCUGUGACUUUCAGUGUCGCCAGCACUGUGAAGCACGCCUUGUCUAUCUGGCUCAGCAUCAUCGUUUUUGGCAACAAAAUCACCAGCCUGUCUGCCAUUGGAACCAUCCUUGUCACAGUGGGUGUCUUGCUCUACAACAAGGCCAGGCAGUAUCAACAGGAGACCAUGCAGAGUCUGGCCAAAGCCAGUAGCCGGGGCUCAGAGGAUGACACAGAGCCUCUGGUUCCCCAGGACUCAAGACAGCACCACUGAGCUCCUUCUGAUGCCGUGUCCCCCGGAAACCAAGCCUAGACUGUUCUCCUGCACUGUAUGCUGGAAGAGAGAGGCAGACCCUGCAGGCAGGUCUUUUGUUCCUCGCUGGACACCAGAUGGGGAGUUUGGGGAUAAGCUUCUAUCUGACAGAGCCCUGCAGGAGGAAACAAAUGACCUGCAGCUAACCGGGCACACUGCCCAGCCUGCAGUUGCACCAAUGACUUGGUGGUGCCAACUGUGGAAUAAACACAGGUUCCAGUACCAACAGGAGUUGCUGUCUGCUUGAUGCCAUCCAGGAGACCUCAUCUUUCCUAUGACCACCACCACCACCACGACAGGCACCAAAGCCUCCUGUUUCCUGACAGUCAAGAAACAGAAAUUCCAGAUGCCAAUGACUCUAGCAUGGAGCCACAAAACCCUGGGGAUGCAGAGUGACUGAAAGAACAGAGACAAGUGUUUCCUUCCAAGGAGGAGUAGAGCUUCUAUGAAGGGAAAGUCUCCCUGCUUUGCCCUGUGCUACACUGAGCUGCCCCACUCCAGGUUUGCUGUCCCAUGUUUCUGCUACCCGUUUGGUGAUUUCUCCAACUCUGGCAAAUCUCUAAUCGGAACAGGUGCCCUGGAGUUCUUUUCCAUCCUGGGUAUAAUGAAUGUGAAGCAGGCACAUUUGACCACCCUGCCAGAUUCCCCUUCGGGAUGAUGAUAGGGAAGUUUAGCAGAGCGCCUGAGUGUUCACAGGUAUAUGUACAGUGACUCGUUUUAGCAAAGCAGGCACCUGUAGAAGCUUCUGGAGUGUCUGUAUGUAAGGUGAAUCCAAGUCUACACACACAGCUGGCUCUUCCCAGGGAUCAUAUAUGACACUUCCUGAGCCACCAGGUGCCCAGAGUCUGUCCCUCCUCCCAGGGUCACUAGUGCCGGAGCUCAAGAUGCCUGAGCAGUGGAGGACCAUGGUGGGGGCAUGGGCAUGGGAUGCUGAGGUUUUACUUAUUCAUCAAUUUGUGGAUUCUGAUGUGGGGUGCAGUCAAUGGCCAGCCAGUCUUUAAGACUCUCUUCUCCAGUAGCCCAAACUCCGAGACGUACGAGCUGUAGCCGCUGGCACUUUUGGUUCCAAGUCUCACUUUCCCUGCUGUACAUCUUCAGGGCCCAUCCUGGUUCAUUGAUUUCCAAAUUGACUUCUUGCCUGGAAAAUAUCAAAAUAGCCCCUCGAAGAGACAGAUUGAUUUGAAAAAGAGCAAUAAUUAUGUCUAAGUUUUAUUUACUUGAAAAAAUCUGCUAUGAUGAUGGAUCAAAAUGAGGCCUUUUAAUCUAAAUCCACCUUUUCAGAGAAGCUGGCUUGUAUUCUGGACACAGGGUAGGUGUGUCUUCCCUGUGCUAAGGUCACCUCCACUGUGAAGGGUUCUCUCAUUUGACUUUCCCCAGGUUUCUAGUUCCAGUGGAGGGCAGAUGAUGGAUGUUGGGUUAAUCUGUACAUUAGGCCUAUCUCCUCAAGACCCUGGCUGUAGAGCUGCUGACAACAGAAGGACACGUGUUUGGGCAGUGGUUGGAAGAUCCCUCUGGCCUUCUUACACAUCUUGUCUAAUUACGUUCAGAGCCCCAAAUGCCUGGCUUCUGAAUAGCACUUGGAAUUUCUGUCUGUGUGUCCCAUGUGGAAUUAGGAAAUGGCCCAUUGUGACUUGUUCUGUCUACUCCUCCACUUCACCAACCUUUCCACCUGUUUUCAUUUUCUAAGUUUGUAGAGUAGAAACAAAAACAAAGAUUUUCUUAAAGUAAUUUCUUAAAAAGCUGCUUUUGAGACUUGUCCUCACCACAGGCAGGAAGACCGUGGAGUCUGUGCUAGAGCCAGCACCACGGCCUGUCCAGAUUUACAUUCCGUGCACAUCGUGGCCACACAGCCGUUCUUCCAGCGUUUCCAGGACAGGCAUGGGCUCAAAGUCCUGAAGUGGCCCUUCCUGGCCAUUUGUUAUGACCAUACCAUCACAAUAUUUUUUUAUUAACGUUGUCAAUACUUUUAUAUCAUACUGUGUUUUUCAAGAAUUGUUGAUGUACAUGUAGAAAUAUCUUGGAUUAAUUUUUCCUAAGUCCAUGUCUUUGUCUGGUCUGUUGUAAACAGAACACCGGAUGGACCUUCUGAGCCAGCCAUCUGCUUCCUCGCUACACACAUAGUUAAGAGUUAUACAGAUUUCUAAUUUCAGAACGCUUCUAGGGGCUGUAGAGAAGACUUGGUGGUUAAGAACAAGUAGUGCUCUUGCUGAGGACCCAUGCUCAGUUUCCAGAACUUGUGUAGGGUGCCUCACAACUGCUUAUAACUCCAACUUUAGGGAUUCUGAUUCCUCUAGCUUCUGUGGGCAUCUGCACUCACACAUAUAUACACGUAUGCACUCACACGAUUUUAAAAUAAAUACAUUAAAAAAGACUCAUGACUUUGGGGUGUAGCUUAGUGAUACAUCACUGUCAUUCAUUGUGAGACCCUUGGGUCGGUCCCCAGCAGCACACAUAGGGUAGAGGGAGACAACAAAGCCCCAAAACUUCCACCACAGAAGAUGGUUUUUGUUUAAAGUUGGGCAUGGUGGCACUUACCUGUAAUCAUAGUCCUGUGGAGGCAUUAGGCUAUAUAGUUAUUCCAGGGCCAACUUGGGCUACAUAUUAGGA